AGGAGCUGGAAGCAAGCAGUAGGUAUGGAGACAGUUCAGAAUCAUAGUCAAAGUCGUUUUAACGAACCGUGGCUGGACUCUUGCUUUAAUGCAACCUUGUUUCCUGGAAGUCCAUGGCAAAAGGUCUCGCAAAAAAUUGGAGAUGUGUUAGCUGAAAAAUUGAAACCAGCACUUCAAGACACAAAGAGAAGACAAAUGAUAUUCAAACUUCUGGGGCAUGAUUUUGUGGAGACAUAUUUCAGCGAAUAUCCUAAUUUUCCCAGUCUGCUGCUUUAUCCAAAUAUGAGUGAACUAGAAUAUACACCUUUGGAGAAAAAAACUCAGGCUUGGCUUUUGAAACAAUGUACAAAGGCAGCAGAAGAAACAGGAUGCAAUUUUUCAGAUGGUGAACUUUCAAUGGAAAUGACCAGUUUUGUGAACCAUACUUAUAGUCUUGUUGAAAAAGAGAUGGAACUACAUCUUGCCAAGCAUGAAAUUAAGGAAAAGGAAAGCAAUUCAAAUGUGAAUCGGUUUAUGCUGAGAUCAUUUUUAAAGCAACGACGAAAUUCAGUUCAAAGUGCAGACAUUCAUUUUACAGUAGCAAGUCCAUCAACAAUAAAGCUCAAGCAUGUUAAAGGUAACACAAUUAUUCUGUAA